UUUUUUUAUUAUUAUUGUUUUUGUUUAUAUUUGAAAAUAUUUCAUUCUCUAUUGCCAAUUGUUUGUUUUUACUCAAGGGUUUUCUAAAUUCUCAACAUGAGUAUGCAGGUUUGCUGCGUUGAUCCUCAACCUCAGCCUGUUCUGCCUCCUUCGGAUGUAGAGAUGAUGCGAGAUGAAUUGAUAAAAAUUGAUAAUUUUAUGAAAGAAAUCAAAGAUGGUAAAGAGAGUCCAGCUAUUUAUGAAGGGCUUGAAGCAGCAGUAACAGCACUUAAUGAAAUAAUUCUUUCUCUUGAUAAUUCAAAUGAUUUCUUCAAAAUUGGAGGAUUCCAUGUAUUAAUACCUUUGCUGUCUUGCUCCAAUGAAGAAGUUGUUGCAACUACAGCUGAGCUUAUUGCUGAUUUAUGCCAAAAUAACACAUACUGUCAAACCAAAGUGAUAGAAUUUAACAUUCUUCCUGAAUUAGUAAAGUUGCUUGCAUAUCCCCCAAAUUCAAAAGUAUGUUCUAAAGCUCUGUAUGCUAUAUCAUGCUUAUGUCGAAAUAAUGAUGACUCUAUAAAACAUUUAGAAGCUACAAACAUAGUGGAGCUCCUAAUAAAAAUUCUACAGGAAUCCGAUGAAAAACUCAGAGCCAAAACAGCAUUUUUCCUUUCUUGUUUAUCAAAUUAUGAUAAUUUUAGAGAGGCAUUCUAUACUGCAAAUAUGAUUCCUACACUUAUAAAUUUGUUAGAUAAAGAACAAGAUUCCAGCACAGAACAUUUGCUUAGUGCUUUAAGAGCUCAAGUGUACAAGCAUGUACAGUCCAGAGUACAAUGUGCAAGCAAAGAUUACAAUUUGAAAGAAAUCCUUAUCAAUAGAAGGGAUCUGUAUGGCUCAAAAGGUGAAUAUGAAGAAGCAAAAGAACAUUGUGAUAAAAUCCUUGCACUUUGUUUCCCUGAAGACAAGAGUUAACAAGAAACAAUUGAUUUAAAUUAUGUGUAUUAUGCUAAUUUCCUUUGCACUAAAAUUUUAUUAUUUGAUUUCAUAAGAUUUGUAUCAUUCUUGUGUCAUAAAUUAUUAUCAUUGUGAUGAAUAUCUUUUGGAUACUGAUACUGUUUUUGCUGGUAUAAUGCCAACAUCUCGGGGAAAAAAGUACAGGAAGAAUUAAUUAUUAGACGUUUUUAAGUUAUUGAUUGUUUAAUAAGUUGUAAUACUGCACAUUUCAUUCGCUGAAAUAAAAUAUG